AUGGAUACAAGAAAACUAACGGAAAUAUUGCGUGCCACCAUCGACCCUAACCAGAGGCAGCAAGCCGAGGAACAAUUAUCGCAGAUACAUAAAAUUAUUGGCUUUGCACCAUCAUUGCUACAAGUUGUUAUGCUUAAUGAUGUACAAAUACCAGUUCGUCAAGCAGGUGUGGUAUAUCUAAAAAACUUAGUUACAUCAGGAUGGCAGGAAAAGGAAGCAGAAGAAGGUGAACCAAUACCAUUUAGCAUCCAUGAACAAGAUAGAGCAAUGAUUCGAGAUAUGAUAGUUGAUGCAAUAGUUCAAGCUCCUGAUAUAAUUAGAGUGCAGCUGUGUGUUUGUCUUAAAACUAUUAUCAAGCAUGAUUUUCCAUCACGGUGGACCCAAAUUGUAGAUAAAAUACAUAUUUACUUACAAAAUCCAGAACCCAGUAGCUGGAUGGGGGCUCUCUUAUGUCUAUACCAACUUAUUAAGAGCUUUGAAUAUCAAAUAGCAGAAAAGAGGGUGCCACUAAUGGAAGCUAUGAAUUUAUUGUUGCCAAUGAUGUAUAAUUUAAUUGUGAAUCUCCAAGCAGACCAGUCUAUGGAAUCUGUUCUUAUACAAAAACAGAUUCUUAAAUGUUUUUAUGGCUUAAUAAAGUACAUUCUACCUUUAGAUUUGAUAACUAAAGAAGUCUUUACAAAAUGGAUGGAGGUUUUGAGAUCUGUAAUGGAGCAACCAGUCCCAGAACACACUCUGCAAGUAGAUGAAGAUGAACGUAUGGAAUUGCCCUGGUGGAAAUGUAAAAAGUGGGCAGUUCAUACCUUGUAUAGAAUUUUUGAGAGAUAUGGAAGCCCAGUUAAUGCCCGUGAUGAGUAUAUACAAUUUGCAGAAUGGUAUCUUACUACUUUCACUGGAGGAAUUUUGGAGGUUCUACUAAGAAUAUUAGAUCAAUAUCGAAACAAAGUAUAUGUGUCACCACGAGUUUUGCAGCAGACUAUAAGUUAUAUUGAUCAGUGUGUCAGCCAUGCACAUUCAUGGAAGUUGCUCAAGCCACAUAUGUUUGCAAUUAUUCAAGAUGUGUUAUUCCCCUUGAUGUCAUAUUCAGAAGCUGACGAAGAACUGUGGAAUACGGAUCCCCAUGAAUAUAUUCGAAUUAAAUUUGAUAUAUUUGAAGACUUUGUGUCCCCUGUAACUGCAGCCCAAACUCUAUUAAUAUCUUGUUGUAAAAAACGAAAGGACAUGUUGGAACGUACAAUGCAUCUAUGUAUGCAAGUGUUAACAAGUCAAAGUGGUGAAUACGGUCCAAGGCAACGUGAUGGUGCUUUACAUAUGGUUGGAACACUAAAUGAUAUCUUGAUCAAGAAGAAAUUCUAUAAAGAAGAGAUAGAUUCACUUUUGAGUCAGUAUGUUUUCCCUGAAUUCCACAGUCCUUUGGGAUAUAUGCGAGCAAGGGCUUGUUGGGUUCUUCAUUGCUUUGCAAGUGUUCGCUUUAAAAGUGAACCACUAUUAAUAGAAGCUGUUCGUUUAACUGUUAAUGCCCUGCUUACUGAUACUCAAUUACCUGUGAAAGUUGAGGCAGCAAUUGCAAUACAGAUGCUAUUAUCACUUCAAGAAAAAGUUCAUAAGUAUUUAGAACCCCAAGUAAAAGCUGUUACCACUGAAUUGCUUGAAGUCAUACGUGAAACUGAGAAUGAUAACAUAGCAAACGUUCUCCAAAAGAUUGUUCCAUUAUAUACAGAACAGUUGAUGCCAAUGGCAUUUGAGAUUACUGACCAUUUAGCUACAACUUUUAGUAAAGUUAUUGAAACAGAUUCUGGGACAGAUGAAAAGGCUAUCACAGCUAUGGGUCUUUUGAAUACAAUGGAAACUGUUCUAAAUGUCAUGGAAAAUAAUCCAGAGAUAAUGGCUCAAUUAGAAAAGACAGUUCUUCGAGUUGUUGGGCAUAUACUUCAUCAUAACAUAAUUGAAUAUUAUGAAGAAGCGAUGACACUAUUGUGCAAUUUAACUGCAAAGACUAUAUCUGAGGAUAUGUGGAAGGUAUUAGAACUUUUGUAUCAGGUGUUUGAAAAGGAAGGCUUUGAUUAUUUUGGUGAUAUGAUGCCAGUCCUUCAUAAUUACAUCACUGUAGAUACAAAUGCAUUCCUUUCAAACGAAAACCACAUACUGGCAAUGUUCAACAUGGCUAAAGCGGUUUUAAAUUCUGAUGCGGAAGAUGAGUCUGAGAUAUAUGCAGCGAAGCUGCUGGAAGUGAUGGUACUCCAAUGUUCUGGAAAAAUUGACAACUGCCUCCCUUCUUUUGUAGAACUUGUUCUUAAUAGAUUAACAAGAAAAGUCAACACAUCUGAACUUCGGACAAUGUUGCUGCAGGUCUUGAUAGCCAUCCUGUAUUGCAACCCACACUUAUUGUUUACAAUUCUAAACAAACUGCAAGAAUCUGUACCAAAUGCUUCUAUAACUCAGCAUUUUAUCAAGCAGUGGAUACACGACACUGACUGCUUUAUGGGGCUUCAUGACAGAAAAUUAUGCGUCUUAGGUAUCUGUACAUUACUUGAAAUGGGUCCGCAGAGGCCAAACUUAGAUGAAGUUUUACCCAAGAUAUUACCGUCUUGUUUGGUGCUAUUUGAUGGCUUAAAACGUGCAUAUGAAGCCAAAGCCGAGGCAGAUGAAGAUACAUCUUCAGAAGAAGAUGAAGGAGAAGAAGACGAAGAAGUACUCUCCAGUGAUGAAGAUGAUAUAGAGGAAAUGAAUAAUGAAUAUUUAGAAAAUCUAGCUAGGAUGGCUGUUAAAAACAGUGCCGAGCAAGGUGUAAACAUGACAGCUAAAAUAGAAGAAUAUGAUAGUGAUGACGAUGAUGAAGAUUUUGAGCCAGAUGAAACUGCCAUUGAGUGUUACACAACUCCUCUUGAUGAAAAAGACUGUCCUGUCGAUGAGUAUGUGAAAUUCAAAAACACUCUUUCAGCUCUUGCAACCAGUGAGCCGGCACUUUACCAUGCUUUAACUAGCGUCUUGAAUGAAGAACAGCAGAAGCAACUUAAUGCUGUGUUUGUCCUCGCCGACCAACGCAAGGCACAACAAGAUAGUAAGCGCAUAGAACAAAGUGGAGGUUAUUCAUUUACUGUGCCAGCGCAAGUUCCGACCAAAUUCAAAUUUGGCUCAUAA